AUGAGUUUUAGAUGAUGUUCAGAUCAUAUUCAGGUCUUCAUAUUUUCAACAUUUGUCGGGGAAACUUAUUUGAUGUCUAUUUCAGGUCCCCAAGAAAACUCAGAAUGGAGAUAUGCUGAAAUUGAUAUUCCUGUUCAGGUUGCCAAAAGAGAUUUUGACAUCAUAUUUGAGGUGACACGUGGGAAGAGUUGGAAAGGUGAUGUUGCAAUUGAUGAUUUGAUGCUUGUGUUUGGAGAAGGAUACACGUCCUAUGGAGAGGAAGGCACACGAAAACCAUAUAUUGAAAGUGGUGGUGGAUUCUGGAUACAUUUCCCCAAGUCAUAUCUGCCGGGGAACAACGACGUCAAAUUGUUUAACAUGACACGUUUGGAAUGCCUCCAAGCGUGCGUCCAAUAUGCCGAAUUCUAUUGCAAGUCGGCGGACUAUGUGGAAGAGACAAGCGAGUGUAUGCUGUCAAACUCAAAUCACAAUGAUCCCGACGCUCCAUUUGCUCCGCAGUACCAUCCCUUAAUCGACUAUUACGAAAGAAUUGAUGACCCAACAAUUUCAACAAUAGCACCAACAACUAUCGUAAACACUCCCGCUUUUGACGAUGGACCAGAUAUGACAUUUCAAAAGAUUACAAUAUUGGCAACGGUGACAGAUACGUCAAUCGGUAGACCAGCUCAUAAUAUGACAAUGUCCAUUUACUAUAACCAUCAGAUGAGUGGUUGGACUCCUAUCCAUACGAGCCUAACUGACAGAAUGGGAAAAGCGGGAAUGAUGUUAGAUAGGGAUGCCGUAAGGUAUGGCGCCUACAAGGCACAACUGCACUCAGCAUCCUAUUUCGCAAAGCUUGGAGGGAAGAAAUCAGGAUUUCCCUUUAUUGAGAUAACUUGGGAAAUAUCCAGUGAUCUUCAACCACUUUUUUACUUCCCUGUCUUAAUGAAUCAUUAUAGUUACACAGUUUAUACGUCGGAUAUGGUGGACCUAAUGGAUGAAGCUCAAACUAUGUUUUCAUUAUGAAAAUCAAGAGAACUUGAUAUAAAAUGCGAAGGGGAAUUGAAAUUAGGGGUCACGCAAUCAAUAAUAGACCAAUGAGCGGAUGUAACUAUCAUUACACUAAGAGUUAGUCACUGUUCCUUGCUCGGAGUUGCAAGGAAUCGAAGCUGCAAAUAUUGAAAGCUGCUCACAGAUGUGUAUUAAAGGAUAUUACAUUUAUUACUAAAAUGAAACAUUCAGAGGAUACUGGAAAACGAAAUAGAUACCCUACAAAUGUGUGUUGACACUAGCAAAAACAAGAAAUGGUAGAAAGAAACUAAAUUAAGUGAAUUUUUCAUAUUAUAAUAUAGGUUAUUUUAUCAGAGCAAAGGCACUAAACAAAAACUUCAAAAUAAUAAAGGUCGUGGUUAAAGAUUGCCUUACACCUGACUUUAAAAAUGGAAUGAAAAUGACACCUACAUGUUUCAGUAAAACUGAAGAUCUCGUACAAGUUUGAGUAACUAUGACUAUGAAUUGAAAUGACCAUGACUAGUUGGAAAAAUCAAAUAAUUAUAUUGGGGUAAAAUUCAUAGGAAAUAAUGCAAGGUUUUUGGUACAUUUGAUUGGAUACUUCAACAAGGAUUUUGACGGUUUAAACCUUAUGUUUGAAACAUUGCAGAAAAUGAACUUUUUUAUAAAUAUAAUCAAACCUUUAGGUGUAAAAUGUAAAUCGUGAUUGUUUAUACUGUUAGCACAUAAUAAGUAAAUGGAAAAGAAAUAUAAUUUUAACUUGCAUCUUAUUUUUGAUUGCCAAAAGGUUAGAAACAUUAGGAACAUAUUGGGGAUAUUUGUUGUAGGUUUUUGCACAUUCGGCAAAAUAAGAAGUAGAAAUAUUCUA